CCUCUACAUACAAUCUACAAUCAUGUCCUGGCAGUCCUACGUCGACGACCAGCUCCUCGCGACCCAGAAGAUCACCAAGGCUGCCAUUCUCGGCAAGCAGGGCGGUGUCUGGGCCGCCUCGACCGGCUACAACCUCUCGCAGGCCGAGCAGGACUUCGUCACCCACACGGCGUUCACCGACCCCGACUCCGUCCGUGCCAACGGCAUCACCCUCGGCGGGUUCAAGUUCAUGACGAUCCAGGCCAACACGGACGAGGUCAUUGGACGGAAAGGCGAGCGUGGCGUGUUCAUCAUCCCCACGACCCAGGCCAUCCUCGUCGCCGAGUACGACGGCACGCCGGCGGGCGACGCCAACCUCAUCGUGACCAAGCUCGCCGACUACCUCAAGAGUGUGGGCUACUAGGCGCGGCGCGGAGCGACCGCACGCCGAGCCGUGACCUGAUAUAGAUAAG